AGUGGCUCAAUCUCUUCAGUUUUCAGAUUGGUCUGGAUGUGUCUGUGGUUGGAUUCCUUCUUCACAUUGGGGAUUAGACUGGUAAUCUGAAGGCAUUAUGAAAGCUUCUGUUGGAGUGUGUGUGGUGUUCGUUCUGGCUCUGGUGGAGCUUGGCUCUGCCAUUAAAUGUUACAAUUGUAGGGACUACACGGGCACAUGCUCUAAAAUUCGAGACUGCUACUAUGAUGAUGCCUGCGUGACCAUCUACGAGAGAGGUGGUGACACAUACAGGCAGUGUAUAAAGUACUCUGAGUGUGAGUACAGCACACUCGCCCAGAAGUUUCCCAAAAUUUCCAGCUUCAAGUUCUCCUGCUGUGCCACUGACCUGUGUAACACAGCACCUGUGUCCGUGUCCAGCCGCUCUGUGGUGGGAAUACUGCUCUCACUAGCACUCUUCUGGUGGGGUGUGCUCUAAAACGUCACAAACACAAGCGCUUCUGCAUUGUUCCUUGUAAAGCUGGUAGUGGUAUCAUGCAGUGAGAAUGCAGAGAUCUUCUAUAUCUUGAGUUAAUUGGUCAAAGAAGAAUUCACAGCUUAAAUCUCAACUGUAUGUUAAAACGGUGUGUGCUCACUGCUAAAGCUUGUAUUUUUUAGUUUUGUACUUAAUAGUGAAAGGGAAACCAUCUGAUUAUAAUGUAUUGUAUUCAGUUUUGCUUUGUGUAGGCUAUAUGUACUCUUUCGGGGCUAAACCUGUUACCCAGAAAAUUGGUGGGUUGUGAGGGUUCUGAUGCUGACAUGUUCAAAGGGUUAUGUGUUAUAUUAUAGUCAUUUUCAUAAAAACUGUUUAUGCCUGCUUUUCCUCUGCCUUGUUUACGAAUGUCUCUUUUAAAACUUAAAAUCUUUUGAAAAACAUUGUGUGCAAUAUGUAGACAUGUAGUCUUUUCAGUGUACUGAUUAGCUUCUUGUUACCACUAUAGCCAGCGAAACUUACUGAACCUUUGUGACCAAUAAAAAGAUCAUGCGGUUUUAUGCAAAUUGAGAGUUUGAGAAUUCUGUUAAAUAUUUACAGUGCAUCUGUAUCAUGCAUCUCAUUGCUUCUUAUAACCUGCAGUGCUAUAAAGAAUAAAAAUAUAUUGGUAACCUUUAUAUAGCA